UUGACGAAUACCCAAGCCGAGAAACGUAAAAAAACAAAGAAUGCCAAAACAAGUUUAAAAAAUUGGCGAAAACGGGCAAGCGAUGAUAUUACGAUAGGUUUCCACAAAACGAGACUCAAAUUUCGCAGCUAGAGCCAAUUUUUUUAAUUAGCUAUUUUUUGAAUGCAGUUGAAAGAAACUGUAAAUAAGAAUUGGCACAACUAUAGAGUAAUUCAAACAUAAACAAUGCCCAAAGUAGCCGCAAAAAAGGUGCCAGCGGGAGGCGCCAAAAAAGGCGCUUCAGGAGCAAAAAAGUCUAAAUUGUACAAUAUGCCAGAAAAAGUAAAAGAAGGUACGAUCCUGAUGGAUAAAACAAAAAAUGAAUGGAAAAUUGGACCUUCGAUUGGCAUCGGAGGGUUUGGUGAAAUCUAUUCGGCAACGAAAAAAGGAGAGAAUAAGUAUGACUAUGUUGUGAAAUGCGAACCCCAUGAGAAUGGUCCUUUGUUUGUGGAAAUGCAUUUCUAUAUGCGAAAUGCCAAGUUGGAUGAUAUACGCAAAUUUCAGAAACAACAUGACAUUAAAAAUUUAGGCAUGCCCUACAUGGUGGGCAAUGGGUCCACCGAAUUGAAUGGCAUUAAACAUAGAUUUAUAGUCAUGCCACGCUAUGGCUCGGAUGUGGCAAAGUAUUUCCUUAACAAUGGGCGAAAACUUCCAGAGGCCACAUGCUAUCGUUUGGCAUUGCAAAUGAUUGAUGUUUACCGAUUUAUUCAUAACAGUGGAUAUGUGCAUGCGGACUUAAAGGCUGCCAACAUUUUGCUGGGCUACGGACCAAAACAACAACAUCAGGCUUAUUUGGUAGACUUUGGCCUAGCUUCGCAUUACACAACCAAAGAUUUCAAACCAGAUCCUAAGAAAAUGCACAAUGGUACCAUUGAAUAUACCUCGCGAGACGCUCAUAUGGGUGUACCCACAAUGAGGGCAGAUAUGGAAAUUUUGGGAUAUAAUCUUAUCGAAUGGUUAGGCAUAGAUUUGCCUUGGGUAAGAGAUAAAUUGCUGGCAGCACCCACUAAGGUACAAAAAGCUAAAGAAGAGUUUAUGGCCGAUGUUGGCACAAACUUGAGAAAACUAUUCCUCAAAGGUGUACCAGAUGCCGUGCUGGAGUAUAUGAAAUAUGUUGCCAAAUUGCAAUACAAUGAGACACCGGACUAUGAGAAAUGUAGCAAAAUCUUCCUAAAUGCGCUUAAAGUGUUGCGUGUGCCCAACACCGGUGAUUUGGAUUUCAAAUUGAAGGGAACAAACAAUGAUAAUAUGCCAUCCACAAGUAAAGCUAAACCGACGACAACGGCCAAAGUUAAAAAGCCAAUAAGCGACUCUGAAGAUGAGAUAAUAAAUGCCAGCGAUGAUGACGACAAAGAUGUUAUCUUUGAAACAAAACGCCCCAUAAAGAAGGAGGCGAAAUCCAAGCCUUUGAAGACAACCAAUGAAAAGUCCACACCUAAAUUAACUCCAAAGCGUGUGGCAAGAGGCACACCGAAAAACACCCCCAUAUUGUCACCGGCCAAGUCACAUACCUCAUUGAAAAGAAAGUCUUUGAAUAUAUCUGAUACAUCAUCAGCAUCACCAUCACCCUCGAAAAGGUCGAAAUUAAAUGGUUCUCUGGCGGCAUCAAGUUCCAAACGAAAAUCUCCCUUGAAGCGUACAUCGCCUGGCAAUACCUCCUCGCCCAGGAUGAGACAAAACCACACGCCUUUAAAUACCAAAGCAAGCAUACGUAUGUCGCCUGCUAUAACAAUGUCCUCGUCUCGCUCGGGAAAAACCAUAAUAAAUGAUAGGGUCACCCCCAAUAAGAGGCCCACGAAAACAUAUGAAUUUAACUUUGAAUUGGAUGUAAGUAUGGAUGCCAAUGUAAUUGUUAAUGUGAAACGUAAGAAGAAGCCGUUACAACCAACGCAGGAACAACAGACCAGUACCACCACAACCACAUCUAGGUCAACACCUGCGGGCAAGACGUCUAGCUCAACGCCUGUCACCAGGGUGAAUGUGCGUAAAGUGGGCACCAGUGAUGAACUCAAUAGUCCACGUACGCCUGCUGUUACCGUUAAGAAAUCUCGUAGAAUACAUCAAUCACCGUGAUCGCACAUACAUGUGUAAUAUCCCUUAGGCAUUCCUAUAGCUUGGAACAGUUCUAGGCAGUUUUUCUUGUGGCAAUUUUUAGUUUCUUGGAGAAGGAAGUAAGGGGUUUAUCAUUUCCCUUAACCACUCUCUCUCUCUUUCUCUCCUACAAACUAAGAAUUUACACAAUAAAAUUGCUUGUGUGUGAAUCGUGGCUUACUCUAGGAUUUUUCUUUAAUUUCUUUAUUUCUCUUUUGAUUUCUUAGUUGCUUAGAACUAUGGCAUUUGAAUGAAUUUUCGUAAUGUGUUAUUUGGCUAGUAUCUCUUUAAGAACAGCAACAUGAUUUGAGUUUAUGAUCUUGCUUGCAUCUUACUUAACUUUGUUUUUUUUUGUUCUUAAUGGACCAAGCAGCCCUCUUUGUUUUUACAAGAAUAUUUGUCUAAUAAUUUUAAAAUUAAACUCUUUCAUUGUUUUAUUUGAGCGAAUAAUAAACUUUUUGAUUGUUGUUUACAUUCGUCAAGAUAGAAAUAAUAAAAAUUGUAUACUUUGUU